CGCGUGGAGAUUGUGAGCCACCGUACCAUGCUACUCACGCCAGACACUGGAGAGAUCACAACACUGCCUCCUGGGCGCCAUGAGUUCCCAUUCAGCUUCCAGCUGCCACCGACGCUAGUGACUUCAUUUGAAGGCAAACAUGGCAGUGUCCGAUACUGCAUCAAGGCCACCCUGCACCGGCCCUGGAUCCCUGCCUGUCGGACAAGGAAGGUGUUUACUGUUAUUGAGCCAGUGGACAUCAACACGCCUGCUCUGCUGGCCCCUCAAGCAGGAGCUCGGGAGAAAAUUGCCCGAUCCUGGUACAGCAACCGUGGCCUUGUCUCCCUCUCAGCCAAGAUCGACCGCAAGGGCUACACGCCAGGUGAGGUCAUCCCCGUGUUUGCCGAGAUCGACAACAGCUCCACGCGCCCAGUGCUGCCUCGGGCGGCCGUGGUCCAGACACAGACCUUCAUGGCACGAGGUGCCCGCAAACAGAAACGAGCAGUGGUGGCUAGCCUCUCGGGAGAGCCUGUGGGCCCCGGGCGGCGGGUGCUGUGGCAGGGCCGGGCGCUGCGGAUCCCACCUGUGGGUCCUUCUAUCCUGCACUGCCGUGUACUACAUGUGGACUACGCCCUCAAGGUCUGUGUAGACAUCCCAGGCUCAUCCAAGCUGCUCUUGGAACUGCCGCUGGUCAUUGGCACCAUCCCUCUGCAUCCUUUCGGCAGCCGCUCGUCCAGCGUGGGCAGCCAUGCCAGCUUCCUGCUGGACUGGGGGCUGGGGGUCCUGCCGGAGCAACCUGAAGCCCCUCCCGAUUACUCAGAGGUGGUGGCCGUGGAGCAGAGCCCCUUCCCACUACUCCAGGACACUGACAUGAGUGUUGAAGGCCCCUUCUUUACCUACAUCCAAGAGUUCCGCUUCCGCCCUCCACCCUUGUACUCUGAGGAGGAUCCAAACCCGCCCUCAGAGGCCAUGAGGCCACACUGCAGGACCUGCUGAGGGACCAGUGGAGACUUCAACGGAUGAGGCUGCACAUGUGCUUUGAGCCCCUGUGGCCAUGAGGAGCGGCUGGAUUAAGAGCAUACCCACCUGAGUGCACUGAAGUUGGGGAAACUGAGUCUCAGAAGUGGGCAGGGCUGUUCCAACAUCACACAGAACAGAGGAAGAGCCAAUCUGGAAUCUGACAAAUCUGGACCCGUCCUCAUAAGGUAUCAAGUGCCCAGCGUGGGAUCCGAGAGACUGUUCAACCUGUCUGUGCUGACCUGUGAGCAGGGACGGUGUCCCCCAGAAGCCUCUAGUCUGGCAGGAACAGAACCAGACAGAAAUACUUCCAGUCCUGUGGGACCAGAGGAAGGGACCCUGAUCUGGGAAAGUCCGAAGGGGAAGCAAAGAAGGCUUCCUGGAGGAAAGGGCAUUUUAGAUGAGGCUUUGGCCUAUGAAUAAGAGCUCCGCAUGCGGGCAGGCAAGAAGGAAAAGUCGAAGAAGGUCAGAGCUGAGUGAUGUUUGGAGACUGCCCCCUUCAUCUUAGAACUGGGGCUCAGAAAGCAAGUACCUCAAUCGAGGCCGCACUGCAAGUUCUGGCAGGUGAGAGGGCCCAGGAAUGAGGCAUUCAGGGAAGCAAGUCAUUGGAGCUGUGUGGGGCCUGUGGGUGGCAGGGGCAGCAGCUCUAGCCUUUGAAACCUUUGAAAGCCAGAGAUUCCCAGCCUAGGCUGGGCUGCCCAGGGGCCCCUCCACACACUCCAUUGCAUACUCCUGGGUACUGCAUGGACCAAGAAACCCGGGUUCAGAGUGGGACAGACAAGACCAGCUGUAUAACUUGCAAAAUGAAGAUGUGGGGCCCAUUGUUCAAGGAUUAAGAAUUUCAAGAUGGACAGCAGAGCAUUAAACUAUGCUAGGGGGACGGAGGUUAGCCUGGGAUGACACAGAAGGGCCAGGGUGUUUCUGGACACCCCCUGUGUCCUGGAGGAACAAAACAUGAUGGGGCAGAGCCCCCAAGGGCAGAGUCCCAGCCCGGCUGGGGCAGGGCCCCCGCCUGGGACUCUGCAUUUCUGACAAGCCUUAAAUUGUCCUCUUUUGUACAAUUUUUUAAAAAUAAAAGCAUGGAGGAAGAGACUGGG